GCAUCGCAGAUGUAGAAGUAGCCGGCUUGCAGUAUGCCAGGCGCCAAGCGUCCUCGCGAAAGCGACGAUGUUGAUUAUGUGCACCCGUCUCGCAAACGCCGCGCCGAAGACGGCGCAUCUCAAACAAAGCUUGCGGUCGUAUACAAUGCUCUCGCAGAUGAAUCUGAGCCCGUCCGACGUAAGGCUGCGGGUGACUUGAUUUUGCUAUUGUUCGCUGCAGACUCAGCAGAUCGCGCGCAUCUUGUGAAUGGGGCCACAACCCGUCUCCUCAAAGGUCUUUGCAGCGGUAGGAAAGCGGCAAGACUGGGCUUUUCUGUCGCAUUGUCUGGAGUUCUAGAGCUAGCGUUUGGCAAAUGGGCCAAUACUGCAUGUGCUGACUGGAGCCUGUAUGAGCUUACGGAGCGCAUCUCGCAUAUCACGGAGCCCGGCGCAAAUGCCAGUGGGCAGGAGCAACGCGAACAUUUUUUGGGACGGCGAUUCGCAUUUCAAUCGGUUCUAAAUUGUGGCGUCGCAGCGUCAGGAUCGAUACCAGACGCUCACUGGCGCCACUUUCUUUCCAAAGUGGUAGCCUUAGCGGUCACCAAGGCGUGGCUUCGUACGGAGUGCGGCGCGAUGCUCAAUUACUUUCUCAUCAGCGGCCAAGGCGGACUGCUCAGCGAUGAUCGGAUCCAGGUGCUCCUCGAUGUACUGCGAGAUGGCAAGCUGCUCGAGAGUGCCGAAGGCGUUGCAUUGUGGCUAGCCAUCGCGGACCGCUGGCCCAAACUUCUUCCCAAAGGCAUUUGGCGAAGGAACGAUCCAUUCUCUGCAGAGGAGCAGCCAAGACUCAGGAAAGUUCUUAUAGGAGGCCCGGCAGCUAGUCACGAUGGUGCAGCAAACGCGAGGCCGUCUGAUACAGGAGCCCGCCAAUCUAGGCCGAGCUUCGCGUGGGAGGAGAUCCUCUUACAUGCUUACGACCGGAAGCCGCAAACGGUCUUCAAGCACUUUUGGGACGGCGUCGUACUCCAAGGUUUCUUCACAGCAAAUGCUUCCACGGAGCGUAAGGCUGUUGGGCUUCAGAUCAUCGCGAUGGCCGUGGAGGGUGCGCCACUAGAGCAUCUGUAUCACAUCCUGCACGUUCAGACUCUGCGCAACGUCGUCAUGCCCCGACUCGAAACAGCGCGUCUACUUUUCGAGGCGGCUGAGCUGCCUUUAAAAGCUAUCACCUCUCGGGCAAGGAAGAAUCCAGAGCUAAGUCACGUGCUUCUUUCGAGCCUUCUGUCGGCGCGAGGUCUGGACCAGCGCACCAAAAGUAAGACCAUAGAAAGUCUGUUUCAACUGUCAGAUCCAGCUACAAUAAAGCUCAUGGUGCAGGUUCUUAUCACCCAUCUCCUCCGACCUCUUGAUGGGAAUUCCGACGAUCAGCAGGCUACCAACGUACGUCGUUCCUAUGCCGACCUUGCAUUGUUGUUGGUGAGAAGCCAGCACAAGUCUGGGGCUUCGUUCUCGAUGGAUGAUGCACAAUCAAGCGCCAAGUUCAGCGAUUUGCAGCACUGGCUGAAGUACCUCGUAACCGAAAUGGUACAGUAUGGCUACCUUCGAACCGGACUACAAGCGGCACCGCAGCUUACCGAUUCCGAACGGGAGGUGCUGAGAUCGAGGCUUAACUCUUGCAUCUCUGUUAUCAUGGACCACUCAAGCGUCGAUGGCAGCAGAGCUAUGAAUGGGGUUGCUGCGCUGCUGUAUAAGCACAAGAAGGAGCUUUGCAAGCCGUUGAGCGAGGAGGCCGAGAAGACGAUCGAAACGGCACGAGAGACAGUCAAGUCGAUCACUGAGCCGUUGAAGCACUCCAAAGGAACAGCAGCUGCAUACGCGCUGCUCUUCAACUCGCUGUCUGUUCAGCUCUUCGGCGGAGAAGAGGACGCACUCGAGGCACUUCAAGAUCUGCAAGUCAGCUACAAGGCUCAAAGACAGGGAGGCGAUAGCUUUGUGAUGCUCACGGAACUUGUCUUGAGCCUGCUGUCGAAGCAGACGGCGCUGCUCCGUAACGUUGCCGAGCAAGUCUUCGGCAGUAUUGCAAACGAGACGACUGCGGAAGGCUUGCAGUCGCUUACCAUGGUCCUUGCACAGAAGGAAAGCCUUGCUGGUCAGCAGGAGCUUUUCGACGAGCGUGACGAGGACGACGUAGAAGAUGGUACAGAUUAUGCUGACGAGGGAGAUAGCGAUGGAAUAGUCGAUGUCGAGGACGCUUCGGACGUGGAGAUGGUCAAUGGGGAGGCAUCCGCUAAUAUGGACGAUGAGGAACCCAGCGACGGCGACGACGUAAACGACGACAGCUCAGAUGUUGUGUCAGGCGCAUCCGGCGAGCUCGAUGAAGAAGCGGCAUUCGAUCGGAAGCUAGCCGCCGUGCUUGAGACUGCUGGUGAGGAUGGUGCCGACUCGGGCGAUGACGACUCAGACAUGGACGAUGAGCAGAUGAUGGCACUGGAACCACAUCUAACGAAGAUCUUUCAAGAACGCCAGAAAGCCGGAGGGAAGAAGCAAGAGAAGAAGGAUGCCAAGGAGAACAUUGUGAGCUUCAAGAGUCGCGUUCUGGACUUGCUGGCGAUCUAUGUCAAAAGUCAGUACGCCAACGUGCUCUCGAUGGAUCUCAUCCUUCCAUUGGCGUCGUUAGUUCGGACCACGAGUAGCAAAGCCGUUGCUGAGAAGGCAUUUGGCGUCUUAAGACAGUACUUUGAGGCAUGCACGAAGCACAAGAGCCUGCCGCAGCCUGACGAUCAAGAAGCGUGCUUUGGCGUACUGCAAGAAGUGCACGACGAGAUAAAGCUCGGGGGUUCGAAACUGCACGCCCAUGCCUGCAGCCGCUCAAGCCUGUUCCUGUCCAAGGUGCUUGUCGCGAUCAACCCGCAAUAUUACAAUCGCGUUGCAGAUAUGUAUUGCGAGCUGCAGAAGGGCUGGUACGUCGACGGGAAGUCGAAGGUGCAGGGCAGCAUCUUCACGGAGUGGAUGAGCUGGUCGAUAUCAACGAGGAGUCAGGGGCGGGAAUAAGUCGACAUGCACUCGUCCGCGUAGCCCAGAAUACAUGUUUCACACAUUACUUCCCGAGAGUGACAUACUCAAAUAAACCGCAUCCAAAGCAUGACUACACUAGGUCUUCGUAAAUAGCCAUUGAAUGUCACGUGCAGUGGCGAUGAGCACAAGGAAUUAGCCUUACGCGGAUCUGUUUACUGCGACGCGCUACGCGUCUUACGCUUAGAAACUCCGCUGAGAACUCAGUGUUCCACUUCCACACAAAGAGAGCAGCAUUUCCCGACGGAUACGCACAUGCAGAACAGCUAGGGGAAGCAGGGAAGACCCUGGGUUGACAUGCACGCCACCGCCGUCAGUGUAGUAUCGGCGCGUAGAAAUCGACGAUGGAGAUGGCUUGGCCGGAGAAGGCGUGGGCGGCUGUUGG